UUAAAAUUGGUUUUAUUUAUAUUUUCAGGUACCCCCGCCAGAAGGACGGAAGCACCGAGCCUCAGGAAUCUUUGCCGGUGGGGAAUGGGAGCUGCUUGUCCCAGUUAUUUGCAGUCGCAGGCUGCGCGCAACUUUUGAAUUUGAGUUGGGCCAGCGUUUCUGUUCGGAUCCCGCGCCGCCGUCAAUUUAGGUUUUAAUUUGCAAGAGGCUGCCAACCCGCCCAUGGGUCUCAUUGCCAGCCUUCAAAUGGUCCAAAUCGCAGUGGAUUCCCGCGCCGCCGUCUAAUUCCAAGGUCCAGGGAGUUGCUGCAUUUCAGCUGGAGUUCUUCAGUGCGUAGUGGAUUCCCGCGUCGCCGUCUUAUUCCAGGGUCCAGGGAGUUGCUUCACUUCGGUUGGAGUUCAUCGUGUGUCGGCGAGAGCGUCGUCAUUGCUUUGGAGUCACCAGGGUCGUCGCUUCUGUGGGUCGUCUCGCCAGGGAAAGGAGGCAUCUUGUGGACGCCGGGCCAAGAUGCUUUGCUUAGGGCCGACGCUCGUAAGUGUCCAUGGAAUUGGAUGCAGAAAAUUGGAUUAGAUAAGUAUAUCUAUGUGUUUAGUUUUGUUUUGUCUGAUUUUUGUUUUGUCUUUUCUUUUGCAGGUCCAAUUCGUCCAGGAUUUUUCAUUUUUGUCCGGUGGGAUUUGGGAAGGAAUGCAUUGCCUUGGAUUUAUAAAGAGCAUCGUCGGAGGUUCGUAUUUGUCAGGAUAUUGUCAGUAUGUCGUUGCUACCAAGAAAAGGUGGAAUUUAAGGGUCAAGAUUUUGACCUUUUGUCGGGUCAACAGCGCCGCACUUGGAAUUCGUGCCGAAAUCGUCGUUUUUCAUUUCGCCGAGUCGGGAAAUGGGAUUUUGUUUGUAUGCCGUUGCUGCCAGAAAAAAGUCGAUUUCAAGGGUCGCGAAAUUGACCUUUUGCCGGGUCAGCAGCGGCGCACCUAGGGUUAAGAAGGACGAGGGUGCACCCCAACAUGGAGACGGCAUCCAAACAUUAUAGGAUUUUUAUGUUUUAGGUGACAAAAGCUUCGUUUUUCGUUGCGCCUAGCAGGGAAGUAGUAGGUUGCGUAGUUUUAUGCUUUUAUUAAUAUGUUUUUCUUUUUCAGGGAUAUUGUCAGUGUUAUCGUUGCUACCAGAAAAAGUCGAAAUUCAAGGGUCACGAUUUUGACCUUUUGCCGGGUCGGCAGCGCCGCACCAAGGGUCAAUAAAAUCGAGGGGGCUUCCUGGAAUAGGGACGGCAUCAAAACAUUGUGGAUUUUUAUAUAUAUUAUUAUAUAUUGCUCUGUUUUAUGUUUUGAUUAAAGUAUUUCAAUCUUUAACGGA